AUGGAGGUAGCGCCACUGUCUUUGGCCCACACCCACGCGCGGAAUGCCGUUCUCGAAACUCGAAAGGCGAAUCCAGUCGCGGCCAGUGAGGAACACGACUUAGCAGCCGGUGAGUUUGCCACAGCAGCCCAGCAGAGCUCUGACCAGGAGGCCCUACGUACGUUACGCCUACUCGAGACACACCACAAGAAGUUAGCCGAGAUACUCAGAUUCCAACAUGAACACCCUGCACCUACUGCUAGUGAAGCUUCAUCCCUGAAUCCGGCGAAUCAGCCGGCUGCUGGCGAUUUGGGAAGCACGAAGAACGCGGCAUCGGCCCAAGAUGCUCACCUACCACCCAGAUUGACAGGGAAUGCCCGGAUAUCGGGCCGUGAUCCUUCUUCAAUCGCCAGUAAUCUCGCCUCCGCGCGUGGAAUUCCAGCCCACAAUCGUCGUGGGUCUCCGGUGUCACCCACGGUAUCGUCGCACCAUGCGUCGGCAAAGAUGACCGACAAUCCAAGGACAAAGAGCGGCGAUAACAGGAUGAGCGACGGCUCAAGGAAAAGUCGUCAGAGCCGCGUGUCUACAGCCAGACAACCAUGGUCCCCUCCCAUCCCUGGCUCCCCGGAAGUCACAAACCGACAAGUUGCGCCUAGCGCCGCUGAGUCGGAAACAUUCAAAGACAGCGCAGCCUCGGAUGAUGCAUUCAACCGAUUCUAUUCAGCAUUUGGUGGGCUUGUCUCCAAAGUCUCGGGCCCUCUUGCUUUCGCGGGUAUCCAAGUGGGUAUGAUCGAUCCCACACAGAACCACAAAUCCUCGGCAGAAGUAAAAGUGGACCGCGACCAUGCUACCCUGGACCGAUCUACAACUUCAGGCGAGCCGGAUGUGAACAAGCUUUUCUCUCGUGCCGCGUUGCGGUCCGUUCAGAACGGCUCUGGCGCAGGCCCCGGGAACCCAGCAGAGUCAUUCUAUGUCGUCCCAACCACGGGCGGAACCAUGUCAUAUGCUGGGAUCCUCUCGCGAGCCGAGAAGCAGGCCCGCAGAAACAGUCUCGAGGAAGGAGAUGAGGACUUUGUGGAUGCGAGGGAAACACCCUCGUCACCUGAAAUGCGCCACAGCGCGAGUGGCUCACGCAUCUGGGCAGGUCGCCGCGCUAAUUCCGAUAAGCUUACCACCAUCCAGAAUCCGAAGACAGUUGAAGAAAUGCAAAUGGAGAACGAAGCCCUGAGAAGCUUGACGGAUAAGCUCUCGACGCGACUCCACAUGUUUGAGGUCAAUGCCCAAUCCUCAUCAAUGGCCUUGCAACAGUCUAUACGAAUGAUGCAUAAUCAAAACCCUGGGUCUCCGGCACCAGACUAUAUGCAGGGUGUCUCGCUUAAUACAUCACCGGUGGCUACGAUGACUGCGCCUCCAGUGGUUGAUCAUGAUGCCCGAGUCAAGGAGCUCGAGGAACAGAUCCGGCGCAGCGAGCAGAGACUUGACAGCGCUUCUCAUGAGAACGAAAAGCUCAAAAACAUUCUCGGGCGGUAUCGUGAUCGUUGGGAAAAACUGAAGGAAGGGGCCAAGACUCGAAGAGCAGAAGGUCGCGACAAUCAGAAUAAUCAACCUGGAGCCAGUACCCAGCCAGGAACUCCAAGCUCUCCGGUUCCACCAAGUCCUUCUUUGAGUCAACCGGCCCCUCGACCUGGUGAGAGCACGACAUAA